GUCCCGAAAGUCCGUUUUGUACGUUAUUUUGUUUUGUUAAUGUGCUCGUUUGUACAGGAUAAAAUAAAUACGUUAAAUUGUAUUUAUAGUUUUAAUAUUCUUUAUUAAAACAAAACUGUUGUAGCACAACCUACAAGAUGUCAGAAGCCACACUAUUCGGAAAUGAACAGGAUCAUGUGAAGAGGUUGAAGAGAGAACUAGAGGGUUGGCGAGAGAUCGUCCUACAAAUGAACUCUGUGUUACUCUGGGAGAAAAACUGGUAUCCUGGAGUGUUAGCUGGAGCAUCUACCAUACUUUUUAUGCUACUAUGGUUGGCAGAGCCGUCACUACUGAGUGCUGUCAGCUGUGCAGGAUUGUUGAUAACACUGCUGGACUACCUGGUGCCUACGCUGAGCGCUACAAUGUACAACCCUGCGUUGUGGACUGGCGCUCAGGAGAAACAGUUUGAGAACAUCUGCCGCACCCUGGUCCAGACGUACGCGACUGCCACUCAUCAGUUGGUCGCCUUCAAGGACCUCAAGCUCACCAGUCCCAAGUUGUACUACUCUGUUACCAUCUUCUCUCUGACUCUCCUCGCAUACAUUGGCAACAAAGUCAACAACCUCCUCCUCACGUAUCUAAUAGUUACAGCUGUUUUGCUACUGCCCGGGUUGAGUCAUCAUGGACUUCUACACAAGUAUUAUCAGCUGAUUCUCCAAAACAUUGCCAAUGUACUGAAAAGCUUGCAAGGUGGAGCAAAAAUCAAGGCAAACUGAUCUCUUUUGUGGCGCCUGCAAAAUUACUGCUUUGUAUAGACGUUGACAAAUAAGUGAUAAGCGUUAAGUGCACAUGCACUAUGGCUAAAUACUCCUAGUUUUUAUGUUAUACAUUUUGUUUUUAUCUUUAAAUUUAGAUAUUUGUGUGCUAUAAACAAUUUUUUUGUA